AUGCCAUCUCGAACAUCUUCCUCCUCUUCCUCACGAGCACCGCUCGAGGACUCGCGUGCUGCCAACCGCUCCAUCUCGGCCUCCUUCUCCAGCACUAAGGCCUCGCUUGCCGGCAAAUCUUCCUCGUCUUCCUCUAAGAAAGUCUCUUCUUCCAGCUCAUCUUCUUCCAGAUCGCGCUCAGCAUCCGCCAAGCACCGCGGCCGCUUCGAUGAGGAUGAUGACAUUGCCGAGGAAGACGAGCAUAAUGAAGAAGAGGGCAGCGAUAGCUACGAUGAAGAGCAAGAGAACAAUCAUCGCCAAAGCAACUCGCGUAAACCUUCUGGCGCUCAGUCCAAAUCAAUGUCUCGACCUCCUUCGCAACCAGCCAGCCGUCAACCCUCUGCAUCUAACAACGCCAACCGCUCCAUCUUGGCACGAUCCAAUCCUAAUGCUUCCAUGCUCAUGGCAGGAGGCAACACUUCUCUUGCCUUCCAAAACUUGCGUGUUGCAGCCUUAGCCAGAUCGCACGCUGUCUCUGAUGCCUCUUCCAUCAUGCCUCCUCGCGGUCAGUCUGCCAAUCCUGCUUCCAGCGCAGGCUCAGCGAGCGACCCGAACAGUACAGCUCCUGCUCCAGCUUCUUUGCGCGUAGACACUUCCAGCUUCGAAGAAUGGAUGAAGAUGGCCACCGACAAUAAGAUCAAUUCCACCAACACCUGGUCCUUUGCACUCAUCGACUACUUCCACGAUAUGUCCCUCCUUCGAAACGACAGCGGUGAUGGCAGUAUCAACUUCCAGAAAGCAUCAUGCACGCUUGAUGGAUGUGUCAAGGUUUGGACAUCCCGUGUCGAUUCAGUCGUCGUCGAGACCGGCAAGCUUCUCUCAGGCUUGCAAGACGACAUUGACCAGGCCUCUCGCAAGGACAGACGUGGCAAUGAACACGGCGACCAUGAAGCUGAUGACGAUGAUGACGAGGACGCCACCGGCACCUCAACACGAAAGCGAAAGAGGAACAAGGAAGCCACCUUAGCUAAGACCUUCGGCCACAUUCAGAUCAAAAAGUAUGACCUCGAGUUCACUGUCGACCCACUCUUCAAGAAGACAUCCGCCGACUUUGACGAGGGUGGUGCCAGUGGUCUGUUGAUGAACCAUCUCGGUGUUGAUCCGUCUAUGGCCGUCAUCUUUGACGCCAGUGAUGUAGCUGGUGUUGGCAGCGAGGAGGAUAUCGGCAAGAUGCUCGACGUCGGUGAGGAUGGCGAGGGCAAUCAACCUCUCGACACCCCUUCUCCUGCAGCAGCCGAGCAAGAUCAAACCGAGCUCGUCGACCUUUCCAAGCUUGCCACCAAGUGGAUGCGCUCCGAAGAGAUGAGCAACGGCGACGGUACCCCGGAAGACGUCAACUCGCUCCUUGCGCGUCGCGUUCUCUGCCCGACUCUCUGCAACUUCCGUUUCUCUAAGGACGACGACACGCCUUUUGGUGUUGGUCUCGACGAGUUUAACCAGCAGACUUUUUACAGCGCAACCCAAGCCGACACUUACUACGAUCGACCAACCUCUAGCGGCAUGCCGGCUCAAUCCGAAGAGUAUCUUGGCGCCGACUUCCAGGACGACGUCAACCCUCUCAUGGACGGCGCUGCAGCUGAUGUCGACUUCUUCGGCGCCGACAUGCGUGGCGCAAUGGACAAUGACGACGAUGACGGCAACGACUUCUUCGAUGCGCUUGACAGUGCACCUGCCUUGCACCAUGCAGGUCCCGUCGUCCUUGACGGUACCACUGGCAACGUUCAAGGCUAUGGUCCCUUCGACCCUUCCGCUGGGCCUUCGUCUGAGCUGGUCAUGGCCAUGGCCUUCAAUCCAGAGUCUGGUGCUGUCGACGGCGCAGACGGCGAGAACGGCAGCGACCUGUUUGACUACUUUGACCGUCGUCUCAUGCGCAACUGGGCCGGUCCCGAGCACUGGAAGCUAUCCCGAGUUGCCGCGACCGGACCAUUAGGUCUUGGUGCAGCUGCCGGCACCGCCGCCGCUCAGGCAGCAGCAAGCAACCGCAAGGAGGGCAAGAAGGGCAAAGAGCCUUUCGUCAUCGACUUUGAAUCGGAACAAGGCGCCGUCGACGUCAAGGAGCUAUUCGAGCAACCCAAGCAGGCCGCUUCCAUCACCUUGCCCUUCAACGCUCGCAACAAGAUGUCCAGUCUUGCUGCAUCCUCCACAGCCGAUGCUUACCUACUGCCAGAAGAUCGCCAUUUCAACUCGAAACAGCUCCUGCGACUCUUCCUUAAGCCUCGUGUGGCCAUCAACAUGCGACGCAAGGGACAGCAAGGAGGCGCUGGUGGCUUCGGUGCAGACGCACCGCUUUGGGGCGAUGCUGAUGCCGAUGCUGAUGAGAUGGGAGGUUCUGAUGGAGGUAUGCCCUUCGACACGCAAUUCUUCCACGAUGCUGAUGACGGCUACGAUGCCAAUGGCGGUGAUCUUGGUGGUCUGGAUGACUCACCUGCUAACGCGACCGUCGGCGGCGAUGCAGAGGAUGAGGAACUCACCCAGACAUUGCAAGCACUCAACCGCGUCAAGCCCGAAUACGUCAACUAUGCCAAAAAAGCCAAGCGUGUCGAUGUCAAGAAGCUCAAAGAGAACAUCUGGAAAGAGCUCGGCAUCUUUGGUACCACUUCUGAGGAUCCGGCAGAGAUGGCAGCCAAGGUAGCUGCUGCUGUGGCUGAAGCCGACAGCGAUGAGUCGAUGGCAUCGAACGCGACAGAGGCAGCAGGUACCGUCAAGACCUUCCAGUCCGUCCUUUCGGGUCUGCAGAAGGCGUAUACACAAGACAAGAUGGAGGAGAUCUCAACGUCCUUUUGCUUCAUUUGUCUUUUGCAUCUUGCCAACGAAGAAGGAUUGGCCAUUAGUACAGGGACAGAGGACAAGAUCGAGGCAUUACGCGCCAAGAAAGGCCGCAACAGCACUGCGCCGACCAAAGGCGAUCUUGCCGGAGGGUUGUUUGGGAAGUUGGCUGCGGGCAGGGUCAUGCGUACAAGUAGUGAAGAUGAUGAUCUAGGUGGGGAGGAGGAUCAACAUGAGUCCGUGGACGGCCAAGAAGGGUAUGAAGAGGAUGAGUUGCGAGUCGGCAGGCUUUCUUCGUUGAGGAUCAUGAAAGAUCCCAGGGCGUAUCGUUCGGCGUAG